UCCAUUCAGGCCGAUCCAUGAAAAUGCUUUGGAAACUGACGGACAAUAUCAAGUACGAGGACUGCGAGGACCGUCACGACGGCGCCAGCAACGGGACGGCACGGUUGCCCCAGCUGGGCACUGUAGGUCAAUCUCCCUACACGAGCGCCCCGCCGCUGUCCCAUACCCCCAAUGCCGACUUCCAGCCCCCCUACUUCCCCCCGCCCUACCAGCCUAUCUACCCCCAGUCGCAAGAUCCUUACUCCCACGUCAACGACCCCUACAGCCUGAACCCCCUGCACGCCCAGCCGCAGCCGCAGCACCCGGGCUGGCCGGGUCAGAGGCAGAGCCAGGAGUCUGGGCUUCUGCACACGCAUCGGGGGCUGCCCCACCAGCUGUCGGGCCUGGAUCCUCGAAGGGACUACCGGCGGCACGAGGACCUCCUGCACGGCCCCCACGGGCUUGGCUCCGGACUCGGAGACCUCCCGAUCCACUCCUUACCUCACGCCAUCGAGGACGUGCCGCAUGUAGAAGACCCGGGUAUUAACAUCCCAGAUCAAACUGUAAUUAAGAAAGGCCCCGUGUCCCUGUCCAAGUCCAACAGCAACGCCGUCUCCGCCAUCCCCAUCAACAAGGACAACCUCUUCGGCGGCGUCGUGAACCCUAACGAAGUCUUCUGUUCAGUUCCGGGUCGCCUCUCGCUCCUCAGCUCCACCUCGAAGUACAAGGUCACGGUGGCGGAAGUACAGCGGCGCCUCUCACCGCCUGAGUGUCUCAACGCUUCGCUGCUGGGCGGAGUGCUGAGGAGGGCGAAGUCUAAAAAUGGAGGAAGAUCUUUAAGAGAAAAACUGGACAAAAUAGGAUUAAAUCUGCCAGCAGGGAGGCGUAAAGCUGCCAAUGUCACCCUGCUCACAUCACUAGUAGAGGGAGAAGCUGUCCACCUAGCCAGGGACUUUGGGUAUGUGUGUGAAACCGAAUUUCCUGCCAAAGCAGUAGCUGAAUUUCUCAACCGACAACAUUCCGAUCCCAAUGAGCAAGUGACAAGAAAAAACAUGCUCCUGGCUACAAAACAGAUCUGCAAGGAGUUCACCGACCUGCUGGCCCAGGACCGAUCGCCCCUGGGGAACUCGCGGCCCAACCCCAUCCUGGAGCCGGGCAUCCAGAGCUGUUUGACCCACUUCAACCUCAUCUCCCACGGCUUCGGCAGCCCGGCGGUGUGCGCCGCGGUCACGGCCCUGCAGAACUAUCUCACCGAGGCCCUCAAGGCCAUGGACAAAAUGUACCUCAGCAACAACCCCAACAGCCACACGGACAACAGCGCCAAAAGCAGUGACAAAGAGGAGAAACACAGAAAGUGA